AUGAUAAUUCAAUAUUUGCUAAUUGUGCUAUUCAGUUUUAUUUUUGUCUAUGGAACGCAGUGGCCUGUUCCGUAUGAACGUGUUAGUAGUCGACCAACGAAUAAUGCAUAUUGUCAAGCAGGAUUGAUUCCGUUUUGUGCGCCUGGCAAAACAGAAGAUGCGAUGAUUUAUGUUGAUGAUGACAAUGAUACAGUGGAGAUUUUUGCAUUGAAAAAACCGGUCUGGUCAUUCAAAUUCGGCGAUCUAAUGGCCAAAUUUAAAAUCAUGCAUGAUGCAUUAGGUUUUCGUAGUCAGAAGACUGGCCGAAAUUGGACUAUGGAAUGGUAUGAAUUAGAUCAAUUAUUCAAUUGUACAUUUCCUCAUGUACUGAAAAAUGAUACGUUCAUAUGGUGUGAUCAAGGUGCAUUAUGUGUCUAUGAUGGUAUCGUUGAUUCGAUGUGGAAUGGUUCAUCUGAUUUGAGUAUGUUGAAGAAGGUCGGUGAAAUUUAUGGUAAGGAUUACAAUAAAUGGGCAACAUGGGCAGUAGAUGAUAACAAUACCGGUGUCUAUUACGAAACCUGGUCAGCAUAUUCAGAUCCUGGUCCAAGUGCUAUAAUGUACUUUGAUUCGUAUGACUGCGCAAGUUUUGUCAUUCGUGGGUUGAAUCAUCUGCUAGCGUCGGGUGCACGAAUUUUGCCUGAUGUUCAUUUAAAUUAUACGCGUUUGAACAUUUACACACAUGAACCUGAGUUGCUUGGUACAUAUGAUCAAAUUGUUCAAAACCAAACGCUUCACAGUGAUUUCAUUAGUUUCUUUCGAGAAUUCGAUUCGAAAAAACCGACAACCGGUGAUUGGCUGAAAUCAUUAGUGCAAAUCUACGAAACAUUCUACUUAACUCGCCGUUUCUACUUCUACUACAACAAUGUCUACUGGUACAUGAAAUUAAAGGAAUCAACACCGUUAAAAGUAUCAUUCGAUGAAGUUCCAAUUAUCUCUCUCUUGGAUCGAUCGAAAUAA